AGUAGCUUCGCAACAUGGAAAAGGAAAUCUCGUCUCUGCGAAUGCAGCCAACUGUAUCAUGGUUGCAUUUUGUUCUUGGCUGCUGUGAUGUUCACUUUUAUUUGAGUACUAUCGACAACAGACUAGUCACCCCACCGGUAUGCCGUUGUUAAGGUGCGUGGUAGUUGAAAUAACAAUGAAAUUCUGGUGGAAAAAGUGACAUAAUUCUUGGAAAUUUCUGAUCUUGCUGCGACCAGUUCCAGUCCCAAGUAAUCUUUCCAAAACCAGUCUCUAUUCAUCGACUUCCCCCAAGUCACCUGCGAAGAUCUUUGAAGAUUUGAAGCAUAGAUGAAACCUUAAUAACGGAUGCAGCUACCACGCCCGUGCAGAAGAUAUCGUGAAACCCAAGAGUUACAAUGAGAUCACGUCUAAUAUGCAGUGUCAGCAGAGCGCACAACCCCAAUCACGAUCACCAAGAUCAUCUGUAGACACAUACGAAUAAACUUGACAGCAGCAUUUGAUUGUUUUACGACUACGUUGACGAUUCGCCACAACAACAGCAGAGAAGCAAAUCUAGAAAAAGAACUGGCGAAGUCCAAGAAGUUGUUUUUUGACAGUGUUUGACUAUAUUGCUACAAUCGUUAGUGGUCGCGUGGUAGUUGCAUUGAAAAUUAAAAGUUUUUACCAUGGACGAUUACGGCGAUAGUUACUACCAAAAAGACAGCUACGGCAAAAACAAGGGGAAAAAGGGAAAAGGCAAGGGCAAAAAAGGCAAAAGCGGCAAGGAUUCAUGGUAGAAAGUCUUCGUUUGUGUUUAUCACAUUAGCGCGGUACUGAAGACGUCACUCCUUGUAGUAUUUACCCUAUUUGUUCUCAUGUCAAAAAAACAAACCAAAUUGAAAUUCAUUCAAUGAUCUCAGGCAACGCAGCUCCCCGCACGAUGACGAGGAUAGUUAUGGGCGUGACCAACAGGACCAGUAUUAUCCUCCCAGAAGACUAGAGUCCCCCCCGCGAACGAACAAGGGCGGGAAUCGCUAUGACGAUGAGGACCGCGAGGCGAAGGGACGAGGAGGUUACGAUAGGCCGAGCAACGACUACGACGAAGGUUAUGGCGGAGGUUACAGCGCGUCUAGUAGCAAGAAGGGGAGUAGCUCGUACGGGGGAAAGGCGUCCAGCAAGAGCAGAGGAAAGUAUGACGACGUUGACCGAGAUGAUUACAACAACGUAAAGGGUGGUGGACCGUCAAGUAGGCAAAAGGACGGCUAUGACGAUUACAACAGCUACGAAAAUAGUAGCCGGUCGUACGGAAAGAGCCCUAGCCGCGGGAAGGAUAAAGACGGCUACGGAGGCGGUAGCUACAACAAGGGCGGAUCCACAGGCUCGAGUGGAAAGAAUUACCGCGAAGACUACGGAACCCAGGAUCACGCGGACAACAUCGAAAACAGCCGCGGCUACGAUCGCCGAGGAGGGGAUCGUGACCGUGAUGAUGACUACUACAACGACAGGAAAGGAGCAGGAAAAACGAGUGGCGGAAAAAGCAGCGGCUACUAUGACAAAGAUGCGGACACGCCCGGUACUAGUAGUUCCUACAACCAGCAGCGACCGGCCAUCCACCAGCGAAGGAGGCCUGAGUCGCCUCCCGGUGGGGGCUACAAAGGGAGCAAAGGAAAGGGCAAGGACAUCGGGAAGGACGGUGGUAAGCCAGGAGACGAUUACUACUACGACGAGCGAGAAGCAGCACCGCAACAGAUAGCAGACAGCAGGAGAGCACCUGCACCAGAGCCCGCGAGACCAGUGGUUGUUAAGACAGAGGAGGAAGUAAAGGCGACACUGAAGAAGAUCAAAGGAAUCCUGAACAAGCUCUCACCACAGAAAUUUGACAGCCUGUAUAAUUUAUACGUGAGUCUGAGUGAUGGUGAUGCUUGGUCUAUGAUAGCGAUAGGGUAGAAGUGCGUUUUUGAUCGGAAAGUAAGCCGCGGUGUACCCAGGUUCGCUUUGUCGCGCCGUGCUACAAUUUGCGCAGUUUUAGAAAAAUUGAGAUAGUGAUACAUAGGUGGAGUAGCGUGCUUGUUUUUUCCUGUAUUGCUACCACACAUUCUACACUACAGCGCGGACCAGUUGAAAGAGGUGAUCACGUGCCCAGACGAUGUGGAGAUGUUUGCAGAGCAGAUUUUCGACAAGGUCGUUAAACAGCACAACUUCCUGGAGCUCUACACAGACAUGUGCGUUCGGUUGAACUCAUGGUGCCAGGAGGGAACAAUUGCAAGCGUGGUACAUAUGCUUCAUUGUCUUCUAAUAUGAAUCAUAGAAGACUUUCUGGAUUUCUGUGCCUAAAUUGAUGAAAUUUUUUUGAGCUCGUCCCGACCGGGUCGUCGUUUUUUUUGCUGUCUAGAUAGAGGCGGAAUCAACUGUGAUCAUACAUGAUUCGAAAACAAUAUCAGGACCCUAAAUCUUUUCGCUCCAUCCUUCUGAACCGGUGUCAGUCAAGCUUCGAAAAGUACCUCCACGAGCCGGAACCCAACCUGGAGGCCACGGAAAUGCACAGCCAGCUGGAGGUUGAGACUUUGUACAAAAAAUGCAUGCUCGGCACGGUGAAAUUCGUCGGAAAGUUGAUUGUUAACGAACUCCUGGCCAGCCGUUUGAUCUUGAUGAUCUGCGACAGUUUGCUGGAGUCUCCCGGGGACACGAUCAAAGUCGAGAACUUGACGGUAUUUGUGACUAAUUUUCUAGACUUGCAAAAAUUGCGUUUCUGUUGUUGAUGCAUUUUGUACACGUAGACGUACUAGUACCAUGGCGAAGGAUAGCGGUAUGUAAAUUUGUGUAUACAACAAGAACAUGUCGUGCGCGAUUGUAUGUUUAUCAAAAACUCCAACACCAGGUUUUCCUCAAAGUCAUAGGUCCAGAAUUCGACAAGGACACUUGGGCGCACCAUAAGGAGCUGAAGACCAAAUUCUUCCAGCUUAUGGACAUCGCAAACACAACGGAGAAUAAGAAGGUCCGGUUUGCCAUCAUGAAUCUUCUGGACACUAGGAAAAACAACUGGGUCGAGAUCACGGCGUAGGGAAAAGUUCCGUGUGCAAUUACUGCACAGCCCACAGAGACGAGAUGUGUCAUCUUCAAAGUCGAAGCCGCAAGAGGAUGUUCUUUCAAGUAUCACUACCACACGUAAGUAACGAGAACAACUCUGAAACACUGUUAUGUGUAUCACGCGCAGAACUUUUCGAAGUUUCACGACUGGACUGCAUUGAAAUAGGAUUUUUAUUCACUUGUGUCCCUGCUUCUUUUUGCAGGUUUUCAUUGCAAACAAACUUUCAUGUUUACUUAUAUGCGGGCUCGUACUAAAUCUACAACCGCCCUCUGUCCCUCCCGCAAUUGUAAUUGACGGAGAUUUUCUUUCCACCAACCGCGCAAAUUUGGUGGCCUAUGAACAGCAGAGGAGUUUUGAUUUUUUUUCGCGAACAAGUUGUGAUGAAGUAGUUGUCAGAUAUA